AUGGCAACCUCCACCAUGAUGCUGGACAGAGGUCCCCACACACUGUUGAAGUCAGGUUGCCACGGUGCGCCUGAAAAGAAAGGCCCGAAGGGGGGGAACCCCAAUGAAGUUCUGAGAUACCUCAUGAAUGUGACAUUCGAGGGGCGCAAUCUCUCCUUCAGCGAGGAUGGCUACCAGAUGCACCCCAAGCUGGUUAUUAUUUUGCUGGAUAAGGAGAGACAGUGGGACAGGCUUUCCUUCUUCUUCUCUCAUCCCCGUACUUCUCAGGUGGGUAAGUGGGAGAAUGGCUCGCUGACCAUGAAGUACCAUGUGUGGCCACGCUUUGAGCUCUAUUCAGACGCAGAAGAAAGGGAUGAUGACCACCUGUCUAUCGUCACACUGGAGGAGGCCCCAUUUGUUAUCGUGGAGGAUGUGGACCCCCUCAGUGGGACCUGCAUGAGGAACACGGUUCCCUGCAGAAAACAGCUCAAAGCCCAAAACCAAACAGGAGAUUCAGGGAUCUAUAUCAAACGCUGUUGCAAGGGCUUCUGCAUAGACAUCCUCAAAAAGAUCGCUAAAUCUGUGAAGUUCACCUACGACCUCUACCUAGUGACCAAUGGGAAACACGGCAAGAAGAUCAAUGGCACGUGGAACGGCAUGGUGGGCGAGGUGGUGUUUAAGAACGCUCACAUGGCGGUGGGCUCUCUGACCAUCAACGAGGAGAGGUCAGAAGUCAUUGACUUCUCUGUCCCCUUCAUAGAGACGGGCAUUAGUGUCAUGGUCUCACGUAGCAAUGGCACCGUGUCUCCUUCUGCAUUUUUAGAGCCGUUCAGUGCUGAUGUGUGGGUGAUGAUGUUUGUGAUGCUGCUGAUCGUAUCUGCUGUGGCAGUCUUUGUCUUUGAGUACUUCAGUCCAGUUGGCUAUAACCGCUGUCUGGCGGAUGGACGAGAGCCAGGUGGUCCCUCGUUCACAAUCGGAAAGGCCAUAUGGCUGCUCUGGGGUCUAGUCUUCAACAACUCUGUGCCUGUACAAAACCCCAAAGGCACCACCAGUAAGAUAAUGGUAUCAGUGUGGGCCUUCUUUGCUGUGAUCUUCCUGGCCAGUUACACUGCCAACCUGGCUGCUUUCAUGAUCCAAGAGGAGUACGUUGACCAGGUGUCUGGCCUCAGUGAUAAGAAGUUCCAACGGCCAAAUGACUUUUCUCCGCCAUUCCGUUUUGGCACGGUUCCCAAUGGCAGCACAGAGAGGAACAUUAGGAACAACUACAAAGAGAUGCACAGCUACAUGACCAGCUUCCACCAGAAAAACGUAGACGAGGCCCUCCAUAGCCUGAAAACAGGAAAAUUGGAUGCAUUUAUCUAUGAUGCUGCUGUGCUGAACUACAUGGCGGGCAGAGAUGAGGGCUGCAAGCUUGUGACAAUCGGUAGUGGUUAUAUAUUCGCUACCACAGGCUACGGCAUUGCCAUCCAGAAAGAUUCUGGUUGGAAGAGACCUGUGGACCUGGCCAUUCUGCAGCUAUUUGGAGAUGGUGAGAUGGAGGAGCUGGAGGCACUGUGGUUGACUGGGAUUUGUCACAAUGAGAAGAAUGAGGUGAUGAGCAGCCAGCUGGACGUCGACAACAUGGCCGGCGUCUUCUACAUGCUGGGGGCGGCAAUGGCACUGUCGCUCAUCACCUUCAUAGCUGAGCACCUGUUCUACUGGCAGCUACGCUUCUGCUUUAUGGGCGUGUGUACGGGCAAGCCCGGCCUGACCUUCUCCAUUAGCAGGGGCAUCUACAGCUGCAUCCAUGGUGUUCAAAUCGAGGAGAACAAAUCAGGCCUCAACUCUCCGUCAGCCACCAUGAACAUGAACAUGAACAACACCCACUCUAACAUCCUUCGCUUGCUGCGCACAGCUAAAAACAUGACCUCCGUGCCUGGGGUCAAUGGCUCCCCCCACAGUGCCCUGGACUAUGGCCACCGUGAGUCGGCUGUCUAUGACAUCAGUGAGCAUCGACGCAGUCUGGCAGGCCACAGUGACUGCAAGCCCCCACCUCCUUAUCUGCCAGAAGAUAAUAUGUUCAGCGACUAUGUGAGUGAUGUGGAGAGGACUUUUGGGAACAUGCAUCUGAAGGACAGUAACCUGUACCAGGAUCAUUACCUGCAUCACCAUGGGGGCACGGGAUCCGGACUGGCUCUGGGUAUGUCGGGUCCCUUGCCUAACCGACCUCGUAGCUUAGGCAGUGCCAGCUCAUUGGAGGGAGGGAUGUACGAUUGUGACAGUUUAGGGGGAGGGGUAGCACCUAUUUUCACCACCCAGCCCCGCCAGUCGCUGACACACAGGAACAGGGAAAAGUUUGACCUGAUUGCAGGCCACCCCACCCAAUCGAGCUUCAAGUCUGGCCUGCCUGAUCUAUAUGGGAAGUUUUCCUUCAAAGGUGGGGCGUCCAGUUCAGGGUUUAUCGCGGGACAUGACAGGUACUGUGGGGGAGGUGGGGCGGGCUCGGGAGGGGAUGACGGAAAUAUCCGUUCUGAUGUGUCAGAUAUUUCCACUCACACCGUGACUUAUGGAAAUCUUGAGGGCAACGCUAAGCGACGCAAGCAGUACAGGGACAGCCUGAAAAAAAGGCCAGCAUCUGCCAAGUCACGCCGGGAACAGGAUGAAAUUGAGCUGGGCUUCCGGAGGCGCACCCACCACACCAUCCACCACCACCACCACCAUCAUCCUGUUACACAAGGGCACCGUUCAGCUACCCCACCUGUGGAACGCAAGAGCCUGAGAGGGGGAAACUCCUCAUACAUGUUCCGUGACAAAGAUAAUCUGAGGGACUUCUACAUUGACCAGUUCCGAUCCAAGGAAGGGGCAUCCCAGUGGGAGCACUUGGAUUUGAGUGAUGCUCCUGGAAUAGGUGGCGGAGGGGCGUGCACUAGUUUGGUUCCUGUGGACGAUUUCUUGAAAGGUAAAUCCAAGAAGACAGAGUGGGUGGGGGGUUUGGCCGGAGGGGAUUGGGAAUGCCGUAACUGCCAUAGUGGAGGCAACAAGCCUGUUUGCAUGCAUGGGGGAGGAGGGGGUGUAGGGGGAUCAAGUGGAGGAGGUGGGGGUAGUGGACAAGCCUCCAGCCGGCCAAGCUCAGCCACUUGCAAGCGAUGCGAUUCAUGCAAGAAGCCAGGCAACUUGUAUGACAUCAGUGAGGACAACCACCUCCUCCUGGAUCAGAUAGGGAGCAAGUUCCCCCUGGAAGGUGGGAAGGGAGGUGGUGAAGUUGGAGGGGCCCAAACCCAGGUGCAGAGGCGCAAGUUUGGCCCAGGGGGCAGGGUGUUGCGUAGGCAGCAUUCCUAUGACACAUUUGUAGACCUUCAGAAAGAAGGGGCGGGUAGGAUGGGAGGCUCUGGGGGGUUUGGAGGAGCAUCUGUGCUUCCUCAACCCCGGAGUGUGAGCCUGAAAGAAAAAGAUCGCUACAUGGAAGGUGCAAGCCCAUAUGCCCAGAUGUUUGAGCGGUAUAUGGGAGGGGAGCGAGAGACUACGUUUUUUAGUGGUGGGGACCGGGGGAAGGGAGGUGGCUCAUCGUUUAACUUGUUCCGUGGGGGUGAGGGUGGGUUGCACCGUCGCUCGGUAGGCGAAAGAGACAUGAGGGACAGGGAUAGAGGCAUGAUGGGAGGAGGUAUGGGAGGUACCCGAGGGGUUGGGACUUACUCCUUGUCUAAAUCUCUCUACCCAGAUAAGGUGAACCAGAACCCAUUCAUCCCAACCUUCGGCGAUGACCAGUGCCUAUUACAUGGCGCCAAAUCGUACUACAUCAAAAAGCAGCAGGCACAGCCGCAGCAGCAACAGACGCAACAGCAGCAACAGCUCCUCAACAACAACAACCGGGCAGACUUCCGCGGCUCCAUGGGGGUGACUUCUUAUUUGCCAGCCUCUGCCUCUGCUGGGGUUUUGUCCAACGUGGGACCCCGUUUUCCCAAGGAGCUGUGCCUGGCUGGGCCCCUCAGCAACCACCAUGGAGGGGCAACAGGCAACAACAAGCUGCUGUCAUCAAGGGACGGGUUAGGGAUGGGGCAAGGACAGAGACCUUUCAAUGGCUCAAGUAAUGGACAUGUAUACGAGAAGCUCUCCAGCAUUGAAUCUGAUGUCUGAUGUUUAUGUGCAAGUGAGAGACAGAGGCAGAAAGAGAGAAAUGGAAAGAGAGAAGUGGAAAUUCAAAAGCAAAGAGGCAGCAGACUAAGGUAACGACCAACAGAUUGUGUCUACUUUGUAAUUUCACUUUCAAAACCAAGAAAGCAAGCAAGAGGAACUGAUCUAUGCUUAAUACAGGUGGACGUAGCACUGUUGGAGCACUGUAAAUAAAGAGAAGGGACCAGCUCACAAGACAAAAGCUCAGACCAUAUAGUGACAACCUCAGUAUAUCCUUCUUUUUAUCCUCUCUUCUUUUUAUUGUCCCUUCUAUUUUUCUGCUCCUUAUACCAAAACACAAUAUCCGAUUCAGCUUAGGUACAGAGACCUGGUACAAUCGUGAAGAGAAAUCAGUUAUUGUCUAGAAACAACAGGGUAAACCUUACAAUAAUUGUAUUGGUGGUGUUAACAAUAAUAUUAUUAGAUAUGAUUAUAAUGUUUAUGAUGUUCAGUUUGGGAUUGAUUUCUGUAUGUUAUAUGCUAUAGUAUCUUUGUCCUCUGCUUACAAUUCUUUGUUAGCAUAGUACUUUGCAGAGAAUUCUUAUUUCAUCAUGGGUUGUCAUUUGAUCCUAUUUGUCAACUGAGCUUGCAUUGUCUUACAUCAUCAUGCCAUUUUGCCCUGAUCUGGAGCUCCAGGACCACCAGGGACAAUGCCAAGCUGGAAAAAAUUUAAACAAACUUGUUUUCCUUUCAGCUUUAUUUACUAUUAAUUAUUCAUGUUUAUUUCUUUUAUUGAGUGCUGUAAUAUUGUAUGUAAAAGGCAUGAUUUGCAAAGUACUUCAGUUGUACUCGAGAUAUUGUGCUGAAGGACAAUUAUUAUGAUCUCUUUUUAUGGCUUUACAAUUUUUAUAAUGUUGCAUUAAUGUCGUUAGAACGUUGGUUUAGUACACAGCACAUUACGUGCCUUAGCAGGAGUCCCAGAAUUCUAAUUAUACAGGUCAUGUUACUAUGGCAACUUUCUGGUCACUGCACACAGAUUGGUCAUUGGAUGAGUAUCCAUGAUUCUGGAUCGUUACUUGUGAUAAAGACACCUGAUUGGAAUCACAAUGUCCAAUUACGUGCAGAGACACAACACAAUCAUAAAUUGUAUGAUUGUGCAGCACGGAUGUAAAUUCAGAACGAUUGUUUUACAAAAUUAGUUUUGAACUGAAUUUGCACAGCUCUGUGUGAAACCUGUUCAAUAGAUAACAAAUUGCAUUUAUUUAGUGCAUUUAUUAGACUUAAAAUUCAGACAGGAAAAAUACCUUGUAAAUGUCUUAUAUAUUUGAAUUGAGCUGCAGGGUGUUAAGUUCAAAUACUGGACAAACAAACAUAAAUCAAUUCAUUAUUUUUUCACACUUGGUUUUUUUAUUAAUUUUGUCCCUUUCUUUUUGUGCACCCUUAGUCAACAAUGAGGUGGGUGUUACAGGAUAUUAUGAAAGAGCUUUGCCUUGGCAUUUGCUUGCAUUUUAUAAGUGUAAAUAUUCUUUUUUUUCCCCCCCACAAUGUACAGUGAGUAUACAGCAAAGAUGUAACUUUAGAAAUGUGUUUUACUAAAGUAGAUUUUAAAUGAAAUUAGAAUAUUUGCACAAUUCAACCUGGCCAAAAAUGAUGAAUACAGAGAACAUAAAAAUUAUAAUAUGAUAAGUACAAUAGUUACUUAUGUCUUUACUAUCACUAUUUGUUUUCACAGAUGGCACCCUGACUAGCUCUGGGAGGCAGAAUAAUCUUUCUUGCUUAUAUAACAGUUAAAUAAGUGCUGUUCUGUUAUGAACACCCUUCUUUUUUUUUAUUUUUAUUUUUAUUUUAUUCCAAAUAAAUUUGUUGCAUUGAUGCUUACUACACAAAUUUAACAUUAUGGACUUAACCAUUUAUGUAUAUUAAACCACCCACUCUUGGACAACCAGCAAUAGUCUAUAAAUAGUCAGAAUUACUGCUUACAUACAGGUAUUUUGACUAGCAUUACAUGGAUUUGACAAAAAUUACACUUAGUUAAUUUUUUUUAAUAAAAGUUAAUAACUUUCUAACUAGUCAAAUAUUUAAAUAGAUUAACCAGAAAAACUGGUCAUUUAGUUGUGUAAUCACUAGUAUGUGCCAUUUUAGCUUUUUUAAUCCCACCAAUGAACAUAUAAACUUUGCUGGUUGUUCCAGAAAUCCAAUUAUUUUCCCAUAUACCUAUAUAGCUCUAUAUGAGUUGGGUUUUUUUUUGUGUGUGUGUGAAAUAUACCUUUUCUUUAUUCACAUUUUAUAAACAUACUCUCAGCCAAACAGAUCUCCAAUUCAAGCACAAUGUUUAUAUUAAUAAUUGCUGUGUAAAUAUCUAUUUUGUGGACUUUAAGGAAACACCACUUUUAUUGCCACACUUAUUUUAUUUAUUUAUUUUUUUUGCUGUGUGAGAGUUUGUGAAACCGUGAGUACAUUGUGAGAUACAUGCAUGCACCUUUCUUUCUAUUUUGCAUUCCAGCUUUUAGAUUAUGUAUAAUUCGAAGACCACGUUUAGUGUUUUUCUUUUUCGUGUAAAGAAACGUGUCUUUCUUUUGCUUAACUUGUACCAGUUAGUGCCACAAAGAGUUCAAACAGAUAACUGUAAGGUCUGGCAUGAUGGGUGAAAAUACUAAUGAGAAUGGACAUUUUGGAAUAUAUAUAUUUAAAAAAAAAUGGAUGGAUGUUUGACAGAAAGCAUUAUCAUGUCCUCAGCCUGAUUCACAGUGUGUGGGGUUCUAACUUGAGAACAAGUUUAUUUUCAUUCUUGUGUUCAUAGGGCUAAUUUUUUCACUUUAAGCGAUUGAAAUCUUAACCUAUCAUUGCGAAAAAAACAAACAAACAAAAAAAAGAUAUAUGCAUGUUUGACCCUUGGCAAAAUGUGUUUUUAUUUUAAGCGUGGUCUUUUUUUCUUAUUGAAGGUACACUUUUCCUUCAGUCAAGUGUGUUCCUGAAAUGACAGAUAUUUUGCAAGUUCUGUGUACAAUUAUGCAGUGUGGCCACUUCUUCUGUCACUCUUGAUGUUUUAUGUGGGAUGGAUUUGGUAGCACAGGACAGGGAAAAUCUGUGUGUGUGGGUGAGACUGGAAGAGCGAGUGUCUAUCAGAAAGGAAGUCACACAGGCUAACUCAUAAGCUAUGGGGUUAGCAGUCCUAUGGAACACAAUGAAUUGCCUGUUAAAAUUCCUUAUUUUUGUGCGAAAUUGAGCUGGCAAGGAAUUGGGUUCACCUUUGCUCUUCCUCAGAAACAGCUGCAGUUCUUCCUGUAACAUAGCCUAUAGUUUGGACUCGCACCAAUUCACUGGAGGCUCUGUGAUAGCAGAGUUGUUAGGCUGCAUGUAGGUGGAGAUCACGAGAGACUAUGGCAGGAGUGUACACAUGAGAGAGUGAAAGAUAGUAGCCUACAUUUCAUUUUUGCACUCUAUUAUCAUUUUCACUCAAGUAUAGGAUUCUUGGGAGAUGGCUGUUGCACAAAGAGAGUGCAACAUUGUUAUUGAGGGUAUGCUUAUCAGUCCCUGUUUUCCAUUUGCUCCCCAAAUCCUCCUCUGCUACUGUAUGUCACAGGUAUUUGUAGAAUAUAUGUGCCUGAAUUCAUGCUUGAUUACCUCUGUGUGUGGGUAUGUGUGAGACGCACUGCAAAUGCGUUGAAGUUCUGCUGUAAAUAAAUAAGUCCCCUUUUCCAUAAUUUUUAAUAUAUGGAGAUAUGGAUACUAAGAUUGGGUAAUUUGGCAUACACUUUUGUUAGGAAGGUUUUAUAACCACCAUAGAAGUAUAACAAGAUCAUGUGACCAAGGGUAGACCUGAUAUUGAAAGGAUAAGACGUACGCCUUUGUUGUCUUUCAUAUAAAUUGAUAUUUCUAAUUCUCUUUUUUUUCUUGGUUUUUCGACACUUAUUUUAAAUGUUACUGACAAAUUACAAAUGUACAGAUUGUGUAAAUAUGACCAAAUGGUUUCUCUUAAUCCAUUUUUUGUAUAGAGAGAGAUUACCUGUGUUUAAGAUUAUAAUAAUAAUUUAACGGGAAAUUUCACAGUACUUAAGCUACUGAGAAUACAGACACAGUAUGUGUGAAAUAUAAGUGCUAAGAUAUAUUCUUCUGUCUCUUUGUACAAAACAGUGUUGACAAUAAAUAAAAGGGAGAAAUCCCAUGUUUUGUUUCUUGUUUUCUUCCUUUUCAGCUGUACCCUAAACUUAAUAUGACCACAAUGAAUAAUAUUCAUCAAUAUUUUUCAAGUAUUAAUAUGCAGUUUGGGGCAGACCCGACAUGUCUUUUUUUUUUUUUUUAAACUCUGCGAUACUGUGUGGUUUUCCAUGGCUGUAUUUCUUUACCAGAUUUGUUUAAAAGGUAUCUUCGUGUAAGAUUAUAGGCAUGAGGGCUCAACAACUUAAACAAAUUAUUAGUGUAUACUAGUGGACUUGGCCAAUAAAUCAUGAUUAUGAAAUCCAAUACUGUACAACCAUACUAAAUAGUAUGCAAAAUAAAUUGGUGUACUUAUUAUAGGAAAGGUAACAUGGGGAAAGAGCAAUAAAAUACAAAGCAGCAUGCAAUUAUUUAUGGCUUGGUAACACAGGGAUAGAGUUGGGGAAACUAUGCCAUACUGCCAUACUAAGUAGUGUGGAACCUAGGGUAGGAUGGGGAAAAACAUUACUAUACUAAUAUACUAAAUACUAUGCAUGGACUGCCAAUGGGGAACUACUGUACUAAAUAGUAAGCAACUUACGAUGGGGUGCUAAACAUACAAGCAUUAGAAUUGAGUAAACCAAUACUGUACUACCAUACUGUAUAGUAUAUAUCCUAAGGUAGCAUUAUAAACAUAGGAGUGGUCAUGUAGGGAAAAGCAGAACUAUACUACCAUACUAAAUGGUAUGCAUUCUCAGAUGUCAGAAACCAUAAGGGAGGUAGAGUGUGGAAACCAACACAAUACUACUAUACAGUACUAAAUGGUAUGCAACCUAAUGGGGGAAUGCAAUGUUGUACUACCAUACUUAAUAGUAUUCAACAUGUGGUGGCAUAUUAAACAUCGAAGAUGUAGGUAUUAAGUGGAAAACCAACUAUCAUUCUAAAUAGUAUGCAACCUAGAGUGGCACACAUUGUAUGGGCAGUAGAGUGGAGUAAACCAUGAGAAACCAAUACCCUGAGACUGUACUAAUUAGUGUGCAUCUUACAGUGGAAAAGUAGAGUGUUGAAUUGAAUUCUUCUGUAGUAAAUUGAAUGCAAACUAAGGUAGAGUAUGGAAAACCGAUACCGUACUAACAUACUUAAUAGUAUGCCAUCUACGUAUGGUGUCAUAUUAAACAUAGAAGAAGUAGGUAGUGUGUGGAAAAAUAAAAUGGCAUACUUCCAUACUAAAUAGUGUGCAACCUAAGGCAGAGUAGGGAAAAUCAGUGAUGUGCCACCAUUUUUAAUAGUAUGCAAUAUACUGUGGCAUAUUAAACCUAAAUAAAAUACAAUCACUGUCCACUUUAUUAGGUCCACCUGUACACCUGCUCAUUCAUACAAUUAUCCAAUUGGCCAAUCAUGUCGUGGCAGUGCAAUGCAUAAAAUCAUGCAGAUACAGGUCAAGUGCUUCAGUUAAUAUUCACUUCAAACAUCAGAGGAGGGAGGUGCAGGGCAUGUGGACUUUUGAAUAUUUCAGAAA